UCUCUUUACCGUUAUUUAUACUUCACGAAAUUUCCCGUAAAUUCUUCCCGGCGCCUCUGUCUUCACAUUGAAGCAUUUUCCGGCGAAUUCCCUGCGGUUCUGUAUAGAGCGAGGCAUUCUCCGGUGUCUGUGCCAAGGGAGACAUUUUCUGGGCAAUUUUUCGGUGUUUAUUUGUGAAGGGAGGCGUUUUGACCGUCAAUUUCCUGGCUUCUCUCUGAAAAGGAGAAAUUUUCUGGCGUGUUAAGAGCCGGAUCUAAGAUUUUCCGGCGAUCUUUUGGGGCAAUGGAAGGCCGAGGGCCUGGACUCGGUCGAGUCCUGGUUUUGGUCUUCUGCAUCGCUGGUAUCUGGUCCGCUUAUAUCACUCAAGGUGUUCUCCAAGAGACCUUGUCUACCAAGCGAUUUGGUCCUGAUGGGAAACGGUUUGAACACCUUGCAUUUCUCAAUCUCGCUCAAAGUGCUGUUUGCUUUUUCUGGUCAUUGAUAAUGAUAAGGCUUUGGUCUGGAAGUCGAGGUGGUGGAGCUCCAUGGUGGACUUAUUGGAGUGCAGGUAUCACAAAUACUAUUGGUCCAGCAAUGGGUAUUGAAGCAUUGAAAUACAUCAGUUAUCCAGCCCAGGUUUUGGCAAAAUCCUCAAAGAUGAUUCCAGUGAUGCUGAUGGGAACUCUUGUUUAUGGUAUUAAAUACACCAUUCCAGAGUACGUGUGCACUUUCCUUGUUGCUGGUGGUGUAUCGGCAUUUGCACUAAUGAAGCCCAGCUCAAAGACCAUUAGCAAACUUGCACACCCAAAUGCCCCUCUUGGCUAUGGUUUGUGUUUCCUCAACCUCGCUUUAGAUGGAUUUACAAAUGCCACCCAAGAUAACAUAUCAGCAAGGUACCUGAAAACAAGCGCAUGGGACAUAAUGCUGGGUAUGAAUUUAUGGGGAAGCAUCUAUAACAUACUCUACAUGUUUGUUUUGUCUCGUAACAUUGGCUUCGAGGCCAUUGCAUUUUGCAGGGAGCAUCCCGAGGCAGCUUGGGAUAUUUUAAUGUACUGCCUUUGUGGAGCUGUAGGCCAAAACUUCAUCUUCUUAACAAUAAGCAGAUUUGGCUCUUUGGCCAACACCACUAUAACUACUACUAGAAAGUUUGUGAGCAUAGUGGUUUCUUCUCUCGUAAGCGGCAACCCUCUCUCUAUCAAGCAAUGGGGUUGCGUAUUCAUGGUCUUUUCAGGCCUGUCUUACCAAAUAUAUCUCAAGUGGAAGAAGCUAAAGAUGAAGAAGAAGAAGAAGGCCUUGUGAGGAUUCUCCCUUUUCAUUUUUGUUUUUGCUUUUAGUUGGGGGGAAUUCUCUUAUAGUUUCCAUAUCCUUUCAUCUCUUCCAGAAUGGGGAGAUGGGUGUAGAAUUUAGUGAUUGAAAUGUAGAGGAAUAUUAUUUUUACCGAGGCUAAUUCCAGAAUUGGGAGAUAAAAGAGUAUAGAAUUUAGUGAUUGAAAUGUAGAGGUAUAUUAUUUUUACUGAGGCUAAUAGAAUUGAAUUCAGCAGUUCUAAUUUUAGUAA